CCCUGUCAGGAUUCUGUGAGUCUUMGAUUGAGUCAGUAGGUCUGUCAGUCAGGGGUUGACGUCUACGUGGUGAGGUUUGGAACCACUAACCCGGUUGUACACUUAUCACCAUGGUUGAGACCCGUAGUGGGAAGGAGACWAKCCCCUACACCACUGAGCAGCAAGAAAAGAUGGCCGCCUUAGUCAGAGAGAAUAAGGAGAGGAAAGAGCGUGAAAAGCAAGCCAAGCUAAAGGCUAUUGCARAYGAGCAGGCGRCGAAGAUGAAGAGAUUGGAGGAGGAGAKGAAGAGGGUACAACAGGAGGAGGAAGAAAGAAGGAAGGCUGCUGAAGCAGAAGCGGCAGCAGAAGAAGAGAAAGAGAGGAUGAGAAUUGAGAGUGGGGAAGGAAGUAGUGGUGGCACGAUAAAGUGGGAGACAGAUACUGAGCUGGAGAAGAAGAUCARCGAGUGGGUCGCUAAUUUAUCGUUGGGGGAAGACGAGGAGGCGGAGUCCUAUGUGACUAAGGAUGAGAAGGCUGCGCUGGCCGCUGAGCUAGCGGCCAUGACAGACCCAAUGGAACGAAGAGAGAGGGAAGACGAGCAAAAGUUAGCGUGGAAGUUGAGAAUGAAGAGGGAGAAGAAGAGGAGGAGAGAAGAAGUAAAUAAGAUGACCGCCGCAGUGGCAAAGGUGCAGGAGUGUAGAGCGGAGGUGCUGGCCCAGCCAGAUGAUAAGGCCAAGUGGGACAAAGUACUGGGCUAUUUAGAGGUGUUGAGCAAGGCCUGGAUGGAGGAGCGCCAGGCAAGCUGGAGCCAGCAUGUAGCGUUGAGUGCCAUGCGGUCAGGGUUUAGAGAUUUUGCGCGCGAGUUCAUCACCCAUAUUGGGGGCGAAGUGAAGCAAUUGAGAGAUAAUGUGGGGAAGUUUUGUGAGGGCGCCAUUCAGGGUGCCAAAGCAGUAGCCGCUGUAGAGGGAGAGGCCAGACCCCGUAAGGACCCAGUGAAACUCAAGUUCCCAGAUGCGUACGGGGGGAAGAAGGAAGAGAACUUUGACAACUGGGAAGCCAGUGUCAACAGUUAUAUUUACUUGCAGCAUAUCCUGAUGGAGGAGCAAGUCCUCGUGGCCUUCCACGCCCUGAAGGAAAAGCGGCUAGCUUCGCCAGGUCACUCCUCUUUCCCAAUUCCUCAAGCUCCUCAAGGAGCGGUUCGCUGACCCAACGCGAGGCAUUAGAGCCUCUGAUAAGCUCC